AGACUCGGCCGGACGCGUUGCGCGUUCACGUGUUUAGUCGAAGUUAAGCGAUUUCAUAGACUGCUCUCCAAAUUUUGGGCUUGUCGGAUUUUAAAGCGCCUUUGACUUAGGAAUCCAAAAUGCAGUGCAGUGUGGAGGGCUGCACUACGACCUCUAAAUCUCUAUUCUCGUCGCCAAGGUUCCGAGAGGUGCAUCCUGUGAUUGGCGUUCGCUUCUUUAGAUUUCCGCGGAACUGUCGAGAGAAAUGGUGUGAAGUGCUCAGUAUAGAUCCAAACCAGGACAACUGGAACAACUUACGAGUGUGCUCCCGGCACUUUAGUGCACAGCAGUAUAUCACUGCCAAAAUUGAGCGCGUGGUCAAAACUGGAGCACUUCUUGCAAAUGACCAAAUCCUGCUUCGUAGUGCAGUGCCUGAUCGGUGCCUUCCAGGACAGGACCCGGAGGAAUAUGAAGAUGAUGAUCCUCCACUCAUUGACAUUGAGGAGAGCAAAAGACCGAAAGAGACGAAGAAAAAUCUACAACAAGAAGAAACUAAGCAAACGUGCUCAGGCGAUGCGAAAAUUCAGAAACCUGUAAAAGAAGCUUUGCAACCUAUUAAGGGAUGUUUAAGGGUGGAGACUGACAUAGAUACUACAUACAUCAAAGUUGAAUGCGACCCGGAUGAUGGCGAGCCAUCCUUAAAAGAUGUGCUGGCUCUUUUUGACGCCAUUGACGUACCGGUUAAAGCUGAAGAAGUUGCUGAGGAUGCUCUAGGAGUGCCAAAUUUUCCUACAGAUUCUGGGAGAAACAACCAAGUGCAGCCAAAUAGGGGUGCUGUGGCUGAGGUGGAGAACGCGCUGCAGCCCAAUGUCGAUCCCAAACCUGCAAAACCAUCUCUAAAAGACGCGCUGGCCAGUGAAAAGGCAACGGUCAAAGCUAAAAACAUUGCUGAGGAUGCUCCAGGAGUGCCAAAUUUUCCCACCGAUUCGGGAAGUAACAACCAAAAGCAGCCCAAGGCUGCUGUGGCUGAGGUGAAGGACGCUCCGCAGUCCAAUGUUGAUCCCAAACCUGCGGAAAAGCCAGACGAGGACAAAUUCGAGAAUGCUGCUCUGAAACUUCUGCUCUCAGUGGCAUUUAAUGAAUCAGCAGCAUACAAAAGCAUUUGCUCAAGAGUUUAUGAUGACAACGUGCCAGAACACGCGGUAAAGUCACAAUACUGCUUUGAAAAGUACCCAGCUGAAGUUGUGAGCAGUCAGUUCCUAGAAGACACCAAUUUGAUGCUGAUGGAGCAGAAUAAAAAGUCUGCCCAACUGAAACAGCAAAUAAAGGAGUCAAACGAAAAACUGGCCAUCAUCGACGCGAAAAUAGCAAAAUUGAAGACUGAUCUUGAAGUGACGAAGGAGAAAGACGCAGAAACGAUGACAGCGCUGUACAAACACUUCACCAAGGUGCAGCUGGACAGAAUGGUGUGGAAGAAAAGCAUCCCGUGGAGCGAGCAUGAAUUCAACUCGGCACUGGCCCUUUUGACCACAGGUGAACGCGCGUACUCAAUUAUUGGCGAGACUGUGCCGCUGCCGUCCGCAUCAGAAUUGCAUGAGUUCCUAGCGUCUGUGGAGAUCCAUCCUGGAUUGAUGGAAGGCGUCAUCCACCUGAUGGAAUGCGCAGGAAAGGCGUUGCAGCCGCUGCUCAGGGUGUGCGUGCUCAGUUUCGGCAGGGUGCCCGUCGCCUACAAACUGGCGGUCAGCAGGACGAAGGACCAGGUCGUGGGGCCGCUCCGCUUCAUGCAGGUGGCCCAGGUGUCCGGCCUGUUUUCGCCCUGGACGCAGCCGGUCUACUACGAAUUCGGUCAAAUAAUGAAGCAGGAAACUCUGAUGGAAAUCCUGACCGCGCUCCACAAGGCUGACUUCACGGUGGUCGCCGUUGCUUGCGAUUUAAGAGAAGAGAACCAGAAGCUGAUGAAGAAGCUGCUGGUUAGCGCGGAAAAGCCCUUCUUCUCGCACCCUGCCACGCAGGAACCUGUGUUUCUGGUGCCGGAGGCGUCGCACUGCCUGAAACUCCUCUGCAAUCGCCUUCUAGAUGAAGGGAUUGAUUUGAAUCCUCAGGAGGAAAAUGGAAAGCUUGUGGCCUCUCGAUGGGCUCUGGAGGAACUGGUCAAUUCAGAAAUGCCACAAAACCCUCUGACUAAGGAUACUCUGAAUAAGAAAAUUCCGUCAGAUGUGUUUUCCUCAAAGGUGGCAGAGGCUCUGAGGGCACUUGGCAGCACUCGAGGUGAAGAGGAACGGCGUGCGUUUGAGGCGACCGCCGUAGUCUGUGAAGGUGGCGGCGUGUUCAACGACCUUCUUAGUGUCAGUGAGGACCGCCUGGAAGCAAACAUUCCAGCUGAGAAACUCCCGUUUGGUCGCCAAUUGACUGAACAAUGUGAACAAUUGCUCCAUAUUUCUGAGGCAGUGAGGAAUGCACGAGUUUUGACCAAGAACUCGGGAACAGCAAGACUGAACAUGGUGGCUUCUCAAGUUUCGAUCGACUUGUGCUGCAAAGCCCUUCCCCUGCUUUAUGAGCACUUAGAUCAGAAGUUCCCAGGCGAAAAGGUCGUGAUCCUGACCUCGCAGCUCAGCCUGGAUAGCCUUAAGAAAUUCCUAGGUCUAUGGCGGACCAUGUUUGGAGCCAACACUCAACCUGAUGUGACUCAAGCUGAAGAACGGAUGAAAAUGCUGUGUCUCUGCAACAAUUUCGGAGUGCCUAGUCGAAAAGCAAACGCUGCAGUGAUUGAAAGGGUAUUCAAUGAGCAGGGAAUUGGCAUCCUAUCACUCUUGGGCAACAUAGAAUUGGGCAAAAUGAUCGAGAAGGAAGGCACCAUAUUAAAAAAUCAUCCAUCUUCAGAUGGCAGAAGUUUGUUGGGCUACAGUGGUGCUGAGACUGUGGUAUACACGAUGUACAAAAGCAGUGUUGAGGACGCAGAGGAAGACAAAGAUGCAGAUUGGGACGAGGUGGAGACUGACAGCAACGAGGGCGAAACUGCUGAGGAAUGGAACGCUGACUGGACCCCGCCUGAUUCAGAGCAAGAUCCGUGCUACAUGGCGGGCUUGAGCCACUUGGCGGAGGAAAUGGCUUUUACUUUGGGCACAUUGCUGCCUGAGGUGAAAGGCAAGACGAGAGAAAGGGAGAAACGCAAAAAGCCAGACUGGAUGGUGGAAGACAGGCCGCAAUCCGAGACAGCCUCGGCAUCGAUCAAUCUCGUCAAAAAAGUCAAAAAGCUGGACGCCAUGUUUAGGGAUCUGAACAAAAACUCUAUUUCCAGGCAGCCUAACCAGACCAAAGCUUUCAUCAAAGCUGUGAAGGAAAAGCACCGCAAUUACCGCACCAAAAUCAUCCGCCUCUUUUUCGAAAUGAGGCGUCAGAUUAGAAUUAACCAAAUCAACAGAGAAAUCUUUCAAAGAAAAGAAGGAAAGGCUAAAAGGAAAGCAGUUGACAACAGUUCAAAAGGCAAACAUGCUAAAAGGAGGAGAGUUAGCAAGAAAUAAUACGUUGAAACCUGAAUCGUCUUAAAUUUGUUAAAUAAUUUCCAUCAGAAUAAAAUUGAAAUAAAGAUGUAAACAAGAUCAGGAUUUAAGAAUGAGUCAAACAAUCCUGUUACUUCUGCAUUAAGAAUUUUCGCAUCUUGAUCAUUCUCAUGGAUACAAAGAACUAUAGGAAUCACAGAAUUUCCUUUCUUCUCUUUCAUAAGGACAGGAAGGAUGGUAGACACAGGACCCAAGUCGAUAAAAAACAGUCGUACAUAUAUCCUGUGUCUGUGUGUCAGAUUCAAAAAUUGUUAAAUGAACUAAAUACGCCACGUAAUGUAACAAUAAAUUUUAAAUAUUUUACGACAUUAA